AUAACAAAAUAAUGAAGGGAAAUUCCCUUGUAAAAAGAGUACCAUAUAAAUUAAAAUUUCAAUUUCCUUCGUUUCCAAAAUUAACUAAAUCAAAACCAUCACUAAUUCCUGAUGUAUUAGAUGAGAUAUUCCGUCAUCUUAGUGAUGAUCGAACAACUUUACUAUCUUGCAUCUUAGUAUGCAGAUUAUGGUGUAGAUUGGUUAUGCCUAUCCUUUGGAGUGACCCGUUUUUAAAACGAAACGAAUAUGGAUACUUUGCCAUUCGUACUUAUAUAACAUGUUUAGAUGAGCACGAAAAAGCAUUACUGGUUCAACAAAAUAUUCGCAUACCACAAUUACCCCGACCUCUCUUCAAUUACCCAUCCUUUUUAUUAACAUUUAACUACAACAACCUUGCGGUUGCUGUAGAAGAUUUUACCACCGGAAAUGAAGUAGAUUUCCUAUGCAUGCAUGAGAAAAGGGUGAUCAUUUCAAAUGUGAUCAUCAAUAUGAUUUUCACACGUUCCAGAGGGAUCAGGAAAUUUGACUAUUAUAGGUCUCACCUGUCAAGUCAAAUAAUUUUAACCCUGGAUCAUUCAUUGUCAUUAUUCGGAAGAAAUAAAGACAAUGAAGAUUACAACGCUCUUAAUAAAAUUAAUUCGUUUAAAUUUAACGGAUUUUGUAUUAAAGAUGAAAUAUACAAAGUAACAUGGCCAAAUCUUUUUUUAAGUAUAUCAAAAUCGGCAACAAAUAUUCGGCACCUUUCAUUUCACAUUAAACGUAAAGAUUUUAAUAUUCAAGCGAUAUAUCAUUCAAUCGCUAAUUUAAUAAAAUCUCAAAAAAUCUUGGCCAGUUUUGAAAUUAACGAUAUUUGGUUACGACAAUCAGAUAAAAUUAUUUUCAAUGCAUUAGCAACUCAAGCUCAUACUUUAAACCAUUUAAAAUUAGAUGGUAAAUUCAGAUUAAGUACUCUUAUAGAAUUAUUAUCUGUUUGUUAUAAUUUAAAUACAUUAGAAGUAAAAGAAUUUCAUAAGAA